AUUCACGAGCCAAGAAACCAUGCCGGGAGUCAGAGAGACCGAGAAAGGGCUAUAAAAAUAUAUAAUUUUGUUAUGAGAGAAUAGACCGGAAUUUUGGCUGGACGGUAGAACAUGGACAGAACAGCCACGUCACUAUCCAUUUUUUUCACAUGGGUUGGUGUGGCCACCUGCUUACACCUGCACUCACCUCAACCCUUCCCAGCUGACAAAGCGGAGUGUAGGUGUUUGCCCUCCACCCACCACUGUCACCUCGAAGUCGUUGCUCUCUCUGUGGUCUCUGCUUAUUCGCCUGGUAUCCCAGCUUGCAUGGCUGGCUUCAGGCUCUGUUGCAACCAUGAGUCUCCAGAAUCACCUGCCCAUAACCCUGUCAUGACAGACGCCAGAGGAAACAUGCUGGUGAAAAUGCCACCCAACUUCAAACACCGCAACCACUUUAGCAAUUCAGGCCUUAAAGCUUUGGAGGAAGCAACUGAACCAAAUGAGGGGACUGGAGGAGCUCUUGGGGCAGCCAAUCAUGGAAAGCAAGGACAGACAUUACAGGAUAUGCCCAGUGUGGGAGGAGAGGACAUAACAAACAGCAAAGAGGAUGGGAAAUCUAGGACGGGAAUAUAUGACUUUAAGCAGUUCUCUAAAAUAGAGAUUGAAGCAGGUUUAAGGGAUGAAGUGGUUUCACCUGGAAAAUCUGUUAAAGUGAAAGAAUAUGAGGGUGCUGAAAAUAAGAAAACAGAAAGUUUAAGUGAUGAAAAUGAGACUCUUAUAAUGAAUCAAAACUUCCUAGAUGUUACAGAUAGUAAAAACUUAAUGUUGGGAACUGAAACUCCGUAUUCAGAUUACAACAUAGUGCAAAAUAUUUCUGACAAACAUCACAAUGAUCUUCAGACAAGCACUGUUACUCAAGAUUCUAUUGAGACAAACAAGAUAGUACAAGAUUCCCUCGGCAGGGUGGAGAAUCAGCUUCACCCUAGUGUAAUUCGAAAAGGAAAUCAGAACCAGAAUCCAGAAAGCUCACCUCACAAAGAGCAAAUGGAAGACGACACUAUUAACACGGAAGGAAUUCUAGGAAGACCGCCAAGCCAAGGAAAACACAAGGAAGGAGAAACCCAUGGUGGUAUGAAAACAGAACCUGGUACCGAUGAAGAAGGAAUUAAAAUAACUCUCAAUAACAAGGUUUCAUAUCUAGAAGACUCUGUGGAUGCCCACAUGGCUGAUGAUACAGCCAGGGAUGUUGAGGUUUCCCAUGUUUCAGAGAAGGCUCUAGAGGAGACUCAUGAAAGAAGUAACAGCCAUGGGAGUUCUGUUGUUCAGGGUGAGAUUUUAGAAGUUUUCCCAAAUUCAACAGAGGCCCCAGAACAUCCUCAGGGAUUGGACAAGCUUCAGGAAUCUCCUGGUGGAGGCAAAGCUCAUGAAUAUAAGACUGAGACAAAGAAAACUGUAGAUGAUUCUCAAGAAGCAAGUAUAAUUCUACAAGAUUCUCAACAUGAGAACAAAAUAUUAGCUGUUUCUAAAAGUGUUAAUAAAACUGAUGAUUAUUCAGGUACUGAAGAGGAUCAAAUGGAGCACCAUGAAGAACUUCAGAUUCUAGAAAUUACUGAAGUCUCAAAAACUUCCCAUGAUUCAAAUGAAACUUUACAUAAAUUUCAUGAUCUUAGUAAUAUUUCAGAGGAUUCUCAUGGUACACAAUAUCAUCACCCUGAAGAAACGGAUUUCCAAGAUCCCGAUGCAACUGAGAACAUCUUUGUAAGCUCUAGUGAUCACAAAGAAUCUCUACCUGUUACAGAGGAAAUGAUUAAUCACAAAUUAAUCAGGACUAAGUCAGUAACACCAGGCCUUAAAAUUGAUCAAGAUUCAGCUGAGAGAAUGGGGGGAUUUAUCAAUGGCAUUCACAAUCAGAAAGGUGACACAGUGUUUGCCUUCACAACACCCUCAUUUCCUGAGACAUUAGAGGCACCUGAAAUAGACCAUCACUUCUCUGGCCACACACCUUCAAUAGACUUGCCUGAAAUUACAUCACCAGUACCUAUUAUUACUCCAGUCACUCCAGAACUUCACAUUAAUGAUGGGUCUGUUCCACAAAGUGAGAAUGUGAUGAAGAAUGAUGGUGUUCAGCAGAGUGACAGAGCUGUACAAAACGAAGAGGUCUUUAGCUCUCUAAAUGUCAGGGGCAACCUAGAAAGUUUGACAACUCCAGGAGUGGAUGUAAAUACUUUUGGCUUUGAUAGAUGGGAGUCCUCUUCCAUCCUACAAGAACAUGAGGAGAAUACAGCAUACAAAACUGUUAUAUGUCCUAUCCUUCCAUGUGAUACUGCAGGAAUAAUAACAGUAACAGAAAAAACACUCCCAGAUUUAUACAUGGAUUUAAGCGAUGUGACAGAGACAACAAACCCUGCACCUGGUAAGGAAGCAGCAACAACUCCCCCUCCUGUCAUUGUUCCCAAGACCCUUCCUCCUCUGCACCUGAAUUCUGAGGAGGAGCUGAGGGCUUUUUUGCUGUCGCUGGAAACUCUUCCCAAAGCUGGCACUUCUUCAGUUCCCCAAGGGGACACCCUUCUAGAUAUUAAAGAUCGAAAUCAAGGAAAAAGCACAAGUUACCUGUCUUGGUUGUGGGGUUAAUAUUCUUUUGUCUUUUGUAAUAAAAUUACCCAAUUUUUAAGUGAAGACUUCUCAUGUUGAAAGACAUUUAAGUUAUUAUGCAAUUUACAGUGAUUUUAAUGUUAGACAGCAUUGCAUGCUAAUUGUUAACUUUUUUUAAUGUACAGUUACACAUUCGUUUUUAAUUAUGUGUUUUUACCUUUUUGUGUAAUGUAUAUCAUCAUUUAUAAUAUACACAUGGAAAUAAAAUUCAAAUUUAAACCAUA